AAAGCUCUCGUGGACCCUUCAGCUGCCUCCUGCCAAAAGUCACCGCAACAGUCACCGACCGCGGCCGGAGGUGCCCCACUUCUCCGCAAUCCUUGGCAUACCGCCAGUCUGGACGUUCAGAAAAAUAAUGCGACACGGAUUCCAUACGGUCAAAUAUACACACACCAAUGGCUACCUCGGACUUCAAGACGUCGCCCUUUCUGGACGCUGGAGCUGCCGCUUCGAUCGGUUCACUGGCAAUCUUACAUCUCAAACGCGAUCAACUCAUCCCUCUGAUUCUCAAGUCAAACGCAGACGACGGCUAUGCAGAAGGCGCCGUCACAAAUACUCGCUUUGGUUCUUUCCCGCAUUCGACAUUGAAGGACAUUCCAUGGGGUACCCAGGUCCGCGCAUCCAAGGUCGAUACUGGUUCAAGAGGCCGCGGUGGUGCUAAGCGCAAGAUCGACGACACUGAGCCACCGAAAGAGGCCAUCCAGGCCGGCACUGGCUUUGUACAUUUGCUACCACCCACUCCCGAGAGCUGGACCAUCAGUCUGCCCCACCGAACACAGGUCGUCUACACUCCUGACGCCAGUUACAUCUUACAAAGGCUUCAGGUCCGCCCAGGCCAAACAAUCAUCGAGGCCGGUGCCGGUUCAGGCUCAUUCACACACGCUUCAGCACGCGCUGUCUUCAACGGCUACCCUUCACAAGCCUCUUCAGAACCGUCGCUCAAGAAACGCCGCUAUGGCCGUGUCUGCAGUUUUGAAUAUCACGAGCCUCGCGCCAUCGGUCUCCAGGACGAAGUUCGUGCUCACGGUCUUGAUGACCUUGUCCGCGUGACACAUCGCGACGUCUACGGCGACGGUUUCCUGCUCAACGAAGAAGACCCCAAGAACAAGUCGCCAAAGGCUGAUGCCAUCUUCCUCGAUCUCCCCGCUCCCUGGAUGGCCCUCAAGAACCUCACUCGCCAGCGUCUUCCUGCACGAACCGCAAGAAUCGUCGCCAACUCUGCCUCCUCCGACUCUGCCGACAUCUCCGCUCCUUCAGAAUCAGAAACACCAACCGAGGAAUCCACCGAACCUUUCAUCUCGCCUCUCAACCCAAACGUCCCCAUCCACCUCUGCACUUUCAGCCCCUGCAUCGAACAAGUCACGGCCACGAUUGCCGCCCUCCGUCGCCUAGGCUGGACAGAAAUCCAAAUGGUCGAAGUAAUGCAGAAACGUAUCGACGUGCGACGAGAACGUGUUGGCCUACACGAAGAAGGUCUCCGCGGCGUCAAUGCCUCAGCAGCCACCGUAGACGAAGCUGUCAACCGCUUGCGUGAAGUCGAAGGCCGAUUUAAGGAAUGGCACGACGCUGUCAAGGAAGCAGACGAAGUUGCAGAAGCAAAUGGACAGCCCAAACCUAAACCCAGCAACACUCAAUACCCAGCCAGCCAUUUCGAAAGCAAGCAAGCUAGAUUGGAACGUAUCAAGAAAGAAGCAGAAGAGAGAAAAACAUACAAGGAGGGAAGACUGGUGCACAGAACUGAGCCCGAGAUCAAGACGCAUACAAGCUAUCUGGUCUUUGCUGUGCUACCACGGGAAUGGAGCGAAGAGCAAGAAGAGAAGUUGAGGAAGAAGUGGGGCACUGAGGGUAAGGUUUCUACUGAGGAUGUGCCCAAGAAAGGCGGCAAGAAGGCCAAGAAGAACUAGAUUAUACACAUCGCUUGCGUAGACUAUUCGAGAGUAGAAUCAUAAUGCAAUUCCUCUCAACACCAGUGGUCAAGCACUGCUUUCAAUCCACACCUCUUGACAACUUAAAAAGGU